AUGAGGAGGCUUGCCCAAUCUCGCAUCCCUCAGCUCACGAAGCGGGUUACCACCACGACCACUUCAGAUGGUUUCGUCCAGCACGUACAUGAUGAGCUCGCAAAACCGACUCAGGUAACCACCACAACUCGAAAGGAGGACGAAGACGCGCAGUGGAAGCGAACGGUAGCGACGAGGCAAGCAGAGCCGGUAACGGAAAAGACGACGACGACAACGACCCGCCAAGCUAUGGGAGCAACACGCCCAGCUGAGACAGAAACCACACAGGUAGAAGAGCGAAAAGAGGAAGUCGACGAGUCUCGUUACCGAGAUAGUUUUAUCGCGGUGGGUGGAUGGAAAGUCCAUCAGUAG